CAAAAAAUCCCGUUUUUCGUCAUGUAUUAGAGGCAGUUGAUUAUUAGACCAAUUGGGUAAGCAUGGAUGGUCGAGGAAAUCCAAAUGAGGCCACAGUGCAAAGUCUCCUUUCCGAAGCCCACGCAGCGAUCGCUAGCGGUGAUCCAACUCAAGCGUUGAGGCUUGUGCUCGCCGCCCUCCAUGCAACCGGAGGUCAACAGGCGGCAGCCCCCGCUCUCAAGCGGGUUGUGUCCCACUUAACGGCAAAUAACCAACGCAACGCUCUUCAAGAGCUUACCGAAUUAUUCGCCCGAGCUGCUUCGGUGCGAGAGGUACGACUUUCCAAUUCAAAGUUUCUCUGGUCGUACACUUUAGCCCUGUCCACGGAGCUGUUCACCCCGCUUGCGCAUAGGCUAACUAGGACGCACCCCGAAAAUGGUCACCUUCGUCCCAACCAGCCCUCCUUUUAGCAGUACCACACCAAACCCUUGCACCUACGUGUUUAGCUGUUGACUUCCACUCUCCUUCCUGUCACCACUCCCCACCUUCAACAGGAUCCAGCCACCUUCGCAGCCCCCACCCCAGCUCCCUGGGGCGGCCCCUCUACCUCCACCGCCGCCUCAACCACCGCCCCUAUCUUCCCUCCCGUACCCCCUGGACCCCUCCUCCAGCACCAUACCAGCAAUGCUGACAGCGACGUUAGCAUGGUGAGCUGUAGCAGUCAAGGCAACCAACAGCAGCAGCAGCAGCAGUACUUGUCGCCCUCCGAAUGGUUGUUGCAGGGAACAGCGGCGGCGGCGCAUGGGGGGGCACCCCCAUGGCACCCCCAGGGCUUUAACGGCGGUGGAGGCGGCGGCGGAGGUAGAGGCG